UGUGUCAUUUUUAAAUCAUAAUAUUUAAUCUUAUUUCAAAAAUUUCCAUUCUGUGCUGUGUUUGCUAGUGUCAUCAAGAACCAAAGAUGCGUUUUUUAUUGUUCAUCGUUAUUUCAUCAUCAUUAGCGAUUGUAUUGGUCGAAUCGGGUAUGAGUAAAGGUGGUGAUACAAUUAUUUUUGGCGGUCAUGGCGGUGGUGAUGAUCACGAAGAACACAAAAUGAUUCCAAUACCAAUAAUGAUGCCACAGGCAAAAACAUAUCAUCAUACAAAAAUUAUACCGAUACAUAUCCCGGUACAUGAACAUCAACAACAUAUUAUCAAUGUUCAUGGUGGACAAGGUGGACAUGGGGGGUAUGGUGGACAAGGGGGCUAUGGCGGAAUGGGCGGUUAUGGAUCCGGUUAUGGCGGACAUUCAAAUGGCUAUGGUUAUGGUUAUGGUGGACAUAUUGAUCAUCAUAGCUAUGGAGGUGGUUAUGGACAUGGUAGUCAUUAUGGUGGAAGUACUAGCCAAGGAUAUGGUUAUGGACAUGAUGAUGGAUAUUCAGGCGGUUCUUAUAGCAGUAUGGGAGGUAGUUAUGGCGGUUCCGGCAGUAUGGGUGGCUAUGGUAGUUCCGGUGGUAUGGGUAGCUAUGGAUCUUAUAGUAGCGGCGGUGGAAGUGGUGGCUAUGGCGAAAGUGGUUCAUAUGAUUCACAUUAUAAAUAAUGUUGACAGUUUCAAAUUCCUGACCAAAAAAAAA